GAUCGCGAGUAUACGCCGAGUGCUUUCCCGUGCACUUUUCCGCGACUCAUUGCACACGACGUUCAGUCGCCGUUAAGACGAAACCUCGAAAACAAGUCUUUGCAAGAGAAACCCUACCGAUCCGAAUAUGUUCUUCGAACGAGUCUGCCUGAUCUCUACAGCCGUCUUGGUUGUCGUGUCCGCGGCACCGAGGCUAAUCAGGUCGGCAGUGCCGAAGUGGCACUAUCCAUGCGGAAGAGACUACGACGUCGAGGAAGCCUCAUGGGAGGACCUCGAGGAGGAGAUGGCGAUGAGUCUGAGGAAGAUCAGGAUGCAACAUCAGCUGCUGAUGGGCGACUACUUGAACCGGGAUUACAAUUACUUGUACGAGAGGAUAGACUUCAGCCUCAAGAAGAAACAAUAUAUACCCAACUGGCUGCCCGACGAAAGGGACGUGGAUCUCGUGAGGGGACUGGCCAACGCUAAUCCUCAAACGAUCGCCAACCACUUUCCCAAGUUGUACACGGAUCUGCAGAAAUUCGCCGUGGCGUUCGAGCAGUUGGUGAAGGACGAGGAUGACGUGAAGAAGUGGGAAGCCCUGGAAGGCACGCAAACAUAUUUGAACCUUAUGCUGUGCGAAGUCGAGAGCAACAUCCUCACAUUGCCAUCUCUGCGACUGCCGAAGCGCGUGCAAAGGAGCAUCAUGAGCGAGCACGAGCGAGUCCUGUCGGACGAGACGGACCGACUAAUCAGGGAUUGGGGAGUGAUUCUCAAGUACCGAGACUACCUACAUGCCUGGCGGCACGUAUUCAACUAUUAGGCACACAUUGAGCGGGAAAAGCAUUAUAGACUGUCGUCAGCAGGUCAUCGAUCAUUCUCGCACGCGGGCGAGAUGACACACCAAGCGGCAUCGGGCUAUCGCGCAUACGACCGAUGCAAAUUGAUUUAGCACCUGCCGCGACUGCAGGCCAUAAAAGCUAUCUGCACGUGCGUGCGUGCGUACGUGCAGUAAACGUUGAAGUCAUUGACAAUAAUCGUUGAUCACGUAGCCUAGACUGUUGCGAAAUCGCGAACCCGCGAAUUCGUCUCAUAGACCGCGGCCAAGUUUCCUAACCCUAUUUAUUCGAGCGAUUAUUUAUUGCAAGAGCAAUUAGCAUGUAGUAUUUAUUCUGCCGCGAAUAGCGGCAUUAUUUAUUGAAAGUAUCUUAAUUUAUAUAUUUAUUCUCAAGUCUAUCGUACCUCCACGCAACCGUGCCUUCUGACGAGUGUACGAGUUCUCGCGACCGGUGUCAAAGUCUUCGAGAUUCUCGGACGCGUUUUGUGAUAAUCAGUCACACACGGCGGCAAGCCGAGCUGCUUGUCAUACCCUCGUGACCAGUGAUUACUCGUAGCGCUAGAUUAUUUAUGAAAGACAUUUUCCGCGAAAAAGAGAUGUAUUUAUUUCGCAGUAUUAUAUACGUUUUAUUUAUGACUCGCACAGAAUGUUACAUAUAUUAUUAUAUAUGUGUAUAUAAUAAUAUACUUAUAUUUAUAUAUUGUCAGAGCCUAGUAACUUAUAAUUAGUAAUUUUAUACAAAA